AUGCCGGAUCCACUGAAGGAGGUCGACCGUCUCCUCGGCCCCUUUGCUUCCUCGCAGUGCCCUAGCAUACUCAUCCACCUCGUUCGACAACUCCCUCACCGCUUCGAGACUCAGCUCAUUCAACAUCUCUCCGGGCCCAAAGUGAGAGUACACCAAAUCGUGCAUAUCAUCAAGAAAACCCUUUACUUCCCCCGGCUCAGAAUCAAUACGCUGCUUGACAACAGCAACCGUGUCAUCGUCCAGCCCCAGCACCCGCUGAGUGAUAUCCGGCACCAGCGGCGUGAAAGACAGCGUCUUGGAAGCGCGCUGCACCGCUGCCGCCAGAGACGGAAAUGCCAUGCCCAGGAGAUGUCCCACGAAGGGCACCGCCGAGGGGAUGACGGGCGGUUCGUCUGGGUGAGUUUUGACGAGCUGCCAUCGGUAGACCAGCAGAUAGGUUGUGACGAGGAGAGCAAUGGUGGUGACAGCGAUGUUCUCCGCUGCUACGUCUAUCAUGAACCCCAGGACUGUCGCCAUUGUCCGUUGAAUACGCCGCCCACCGAGUGCCGUGGUUGA